UCCUCACUUCAUCUCUCUGUCAGACGGAGAACACCGGACAAACCGAGCUCUCAGAGAGAGAGAGAGAGAGAGAGAGUUUAUAGACAUGAUGUCCUACAUGAAGCAGCCUCAUUACUCAGUGAACGGCUUGACUCUGUCCGGUUCCGGGAUGGACCUCCUGCACUACCCCAACACUGCGCGGAAGCAGCGGCGCGAGAGAACCACGUUCACGCGCGCGCAGCUCGACAUCCUCGAGACACUGUUCGCCAAGACGCGGUACCCGGAUAUCUUCAUGAGAGAGGAAGUGGCUCUCAAGAUCAACCUGCCCGAGUCCAGAGUCCAGGUGUGGUUUAAGAACCGUCGCGCGAAAUGCCGUCAACAGCAGCAGCAACAGACCAGCGGUCAGACCAAACCCAGACCACCGAAGAAGAAGUCGUCUCCGGCCCGAGAGCCCAGCGUCAGCGAGCCCAGCGCCAGCACCAACGGCCCCUACAGCCCUCCACCUCCUCCGGCCCCGAGCUCCAGCUCCACCAGCGCCACCGUGUCCAUCUGGAGCCCGGCCUCCGUCUCUCCGCUCCAGGACCCUCUGUCGGUCUCCAGCACGCCCUGCCUGCAGCGCUCCAGCGCCUACCCCAUGACCUACACCCAGGCCCCGGCCUACGGGCAGAGCUACGCCUCCUCGUCCUACUUCACCGGGCUGGACUGCAGCUCGUAUCUGUCCCCCAUGCACCCGCAGCUGUCGGCCACAGGGGGCGCUCUCAGCCCCAUGAGUGCAGCCCUCGGCCAGUCGCCCGCCUCGCUCUCGUCGCAGGGCUACACCGCCGCCUCACUGGGCUUCAGCGCCGUCGACUGCUUAGACUACAAAGACCAGACGGCGUCCUGGAAGCUGAACUUCAACGCUGCGGACUGUCUGGACUACAAAGACCAGAACUCCUGGAAGUUCCAGGUCCUGUAGAGCGUCCAGAAGAAGCUUCACUGCACUUCUACAAGGUUCAAAAGCAGGGAGGUUUUAUCUGCAAUGCCAGAAAUAUAAAAUUUUUGGUUCCCCAAUGAACCUUUGAGAGUAAAGUGGAAAGAAUCUACUGAUCAGAUUACCUUUUUCCAAGUACCUAAAGUAAUGCAUUACUUUUUAAUUGAAAUAUGCAAGGUACUUUUUCAAAUAAGAGUUACUUUGCUUUCCAUCAGCCUGAGGCUUAUUAACAUCUCUGGUAUGAAAGAUCAUUUAGAGUUGGCAAAAAUAUAAUUUUUGUUACUAAAAAAAAACCAAAUAAGCCCAGCCCAUGAGAAAAAAGUAACUCAAAAGUAAUGCAUUUCCAUACGUGAUGCAAUAUUGUAAUGGAAUACUUCUAAAAGUAACUUUCCCCAACACUCAUAUAACUUGUAAUGGUAUUAAUGCUAAAAAUGGAGAUUGUAUUGGUUUUAAUGGAAACUGUAAAAGUCCCCGACUGGUAAUUUGCUGGCUUGUAUUAGUGGCGUGUUAAAACCACUGAAUACUGAUACAAUUUGGCCCAAAACUCACUACUUACUCAAAAAUAAAGGUCCAGAAUGUGUUUUGUUUGAAGUGAUGACAUAGAAGAACCAAUGUUUUGGUUCCCCAAAGAGCC